UUUGAAAACAAAAUGGCGUCGACACAAAAAUAUGAUAGUUUGAAUGACCGUGACCAGAGUGUUAAUUCUGCAAAAAAAUUAUCUUUCAAUGCAGAAAAAGAACAAUUGGAUACAAAUGGCAAUUCAAAACAGAAUUCUUCAGUUACGGUUCCUAGUUCAGAAUUAUUUGUGCUAUUAAUAAAAGAUGCUAUAUACGGUUACAUAUUUUGGAGUGUAUUUCAAGCUUUGUCUGCCAUGAUUUGGUUCUACCCACUGAAUGAACUUGAAAUAUCUGGCUAUGAAGCAUUUGCUGCUGUUUGGCUCUCUCCAUUCAUAUGCAUCAUUCCUGGUGUUCAUGCCUUCCUUCAACAGAAAUGGGUGCUGAUACUUCUACGGCUGAUCUCUGUUUGUAGUGUUGCGUCAUUUCAAGCCCCUACAACAUUAAUACGUCUGAUACUUCUUGCUACUGGCGCCGGCGUGUCAAUGCUUGUUCUGGCAGCCACACUAUGGAACUCUGACAAACUUGUCAGGUACAGAACAUUUUGGGGGUUGAUCCUUGGUCUUCAUGCUUUCCUGGCAAGUCGAGUCUGGUUUGUGACCUUUGCCCCAGCAUGGUGGGAUAACCAAAGUAACUCCAUAGUUAUUGCAUGUGGAGUUAUCUCAGCAUUGGGAUAUAGCUUAGAAGAAGCCUCCCCUCAAGUACAGGUUAAGCAGCAAAGUCCUGUCAACCAUUGGCUCCCCAGUGGGGUUGGACUUGGGAGCUUGCUGUGCCUUACUCACAUGUGCUUUGGUGAAGCCUCCCUGAUCACUCGCUGGACGGUCAAGGGUUACCCUGAAACUGGACCCUCUCCACUUCCCUGGGGAUCUCUGGUGCUUCUAUGCCUAUCCCUCGGCACAGCCGUACAGAUCAAGGCCGUUCUCGCUAUUCCUGUAACCCUCGCUGCCACUGUUUCCUUCUAUUUUUUGUUGUUGUUUCCUGAUCCCUGGCUGGCUUUUUAUGCUGGAUGCUGCCUCGCCUUUUUGACCAUGACCUUGUGGCCUGCUGUGAUUGACGUAUGCACCCAGUCCAACCCAGCCCUGUGUCUAACAGUUGCAAGUUUAACGUACAUCAUACAGAUUUUGUUUUGGGUUUGGACUGUCGCCUUUAACUUUGUGCCUUAUGGAGAGUUGACCAGAGAACACACAGACUGGGUGAUUGCUUGCAUUAUGGCAGGAAUUCUGCUCCUGUUUAUUUUCAGCAAAGCAUCGCAGGAGAGUUUUACCACAGUGUACACGCGCAUGGAGGACGAGCUUGUUCCUGCCCUAGGUCACUACCUCAAAGUGGUUUUUCUGAUUUUCCUGGUCAGCCAGGUGGGCAUGAUGAAAAGAUUAUCCAAGUACAAGCCAGGUUCAGAGGUCAAGUCCAAUCCAAAAAUAUUUACUGCAGGAAUUUGGACCUACCACUUUGGCUAUGAUAACAAAGGUUGGCCUAGCAUGGAAAGAGCUGCCACCAUGAUAAAUAAUACAGGUGUGGAUGUUAUUACACUACUUGAAAGCGAUGCCUCCAAACCUUUCCUCGGUAACAAUGACUUAGCUUCGUGGCUUGCUGAGAAACUCAAUUUUUACGUGGACUUUGGUCCAUCCACCAAAGAUCAUACUUGGGGAAACUUGAUCCUGUCCAAGUAUCCCAUUGUUAAGUCACAGCACCACCUUCUGCCCUCCCCUCAUGGAGAGCUGGCACCAGCAAUAACUGCCAGUAUAAACGUGAGCGGGACGCUGGUCAACUUUGUGGUCACACACAUGGGCAACGACAGGGACGUGGUGGACAGGAAUCUUCAGGCGGAGUUUUUAGCCAAGGAAUUGAGACAGUCAGUAGACCCAGCUGUGUUUCUUGGCUAUGUGACCUCUCCCCCAGGCAGUGAGAAUUACUGGCGCCUGAUAAAAGAUGGUAAAGUUAAAGAUAUAGAUCCCACAGAUCAGGAUCGCUGGUGUGAAUACAUUAUGUACAAAAAGUUGAUCAGGCGUGGCUAUGCAAGGAUCAGCCAUGGUGGAUUGAGUGAUACAGAAAUCCAAUUAGGGACAUUCCAAAUACCAGAAGAUCCUGUAAAUUACAAAGAUAAGAAGAAAGUGACCACCUCCCCCACAAAACAUAACAUAGAUAAGAGUGUUCUUUUCAACAAUGUUUUUGGCAACUACUAUCCUGGUCAUGGAUACUUUGACCACCAUGGCUUUCAUAUGGGAACACCCAAGUAUUUUUACAAUGACUAAAAUAGUUCAAGUUACUUGCUACUGUAAGCACAUCCUUAGUGGCUAGAAAACUGAAUUUCAUCUGUUGUCAGUUGCAAGAAGAAAAUUCUCAAUGUUCAAACAGCUAUUGCUAGUCAUCUUAUUUGUAAGCAUUUAGAAAGGCUUGUGUAUACACACACCCACCCAUACAUACAUACAUACAUAAAAAGAACUUUAAAAAAAAAUUUACAUACACACACAUACAACUUAAAAAUGUCUGACGAAUCAAAAAACUACACCUCUGAAGAUUUUUCUCUUUUUUUUAAAUUGUGAAUUGCAUUGCUGUUUUUAUAACCAGAUUUUGUUUUAUACUGAAACUGCUGUAAAACUGUGAACCCUUCUAGCACUACUAGCAGGCAGAGUGUCUGUUUCAACUAUUCCUCUUGUUACAUUCCAGUUGUAUAGUUUGAAUAUCACCAAAGAAAAAAAAAAGUUUUAUUUUAAUAAAAUAUAUUUUAAAUAAUAAUUUCUUAUACAUAUUAUAAUCCUGUUUAUCAAUUUGAAUUGUUAAUGGCUUGGCAAAUAAGAAAGGAAAAGAGAACCCCCUUGUUAUUACUAGCUUACAAUUUCCGUCCAGUUUUGAUGAAACUUAAGGAAAAAUAAAUGCACAUUGUUAAAUUGAUCUGGACAUUUGGUUGAACUGACACAAAAGUAUAACUUGAAUACAUAAUAAUAUUCCAGUUAUCUGAUAAUUUUUUUUUACAAAGAUUAAUAAUUUUGCUCAAAAUUGUUUAUGCAGCAUACAUAUUUUAUAUGUGUCGUGAAAAUUAUUUUUCUGAAUUAAAUAUAGAUCUGAAUAUUUAGUCAGAGACAGAUUACAUGUAGAUAAAAACAAGUUGUCUAUGCAUCAGUAAUGUUUUCUUUCUACUCAUAUUUAACAGUGCAUGUUGUGAAGAUAUUUGGAUCUGAUUUUUAUCCAGCUUGUCAAAAAACGCCUUAUAAAUUAUUCCAUUAUUUGCCGCCAUUUUGCCUCUGCUUAAUGCCUCCACAUAUUUUAUAAUUAUAUUCCUACAUACAGGUGGUGGAUGAUAGACUUAUUUAUAUUUAUAUUUGCUUGUUGUGUCAAGAUUGUGAUAACUUGUGUAUUCCAGAUGACAAAAUAUAGCUUGUGCCUUAUUGUUGUGGUUGGUUUGAGUUGAACACCUUUCGUAAGCUUUAGAACUUCUUAAGUGUAAUCAUUGCUCUACUUCCCAGCAGGAAUACUGUCAAAAUUAUGUUUAAGGGUUGUUUAUAAAUGAUGUCACUUUUUAUUUUUAAAAAGUAAUGUUAGGAAACUUUCAAUAAAUUGUAAUAAAAAGCGAUUAAAAUGCUUUAUGCUCACCAACCUUGGUUAUUAUUUUAGAAAACAUUUUUUUUUUAAAUUCAUCUGCAAAU